AGACAAUCUCUCAGAUGUGUGUUAUACAGCUUUACUGUGUGUUUCUCGUGUGUGUUGAACAGAUCUGCUCAUCAUGUCUGGCCGCGGUAAGAAGAAGCUCGCAAGCGCAGCGAAACCCAAGACGUCCAUGACGCGCUCCUCCCGCGCGGGGCUCCAGUUCCCGGUGGGCCGCAUCGAGCGUCUCCUGCGGAAGGGGAACUACGCGUCGCGCAUCGGCUCCGGCGCGGCGGUGUAUCUGGCCGCGGUCCUCGAGUACAUGUGCGCGGAGGUGCUGGAGCUCGCGGGCAACGCGAGCCGCGACAACAAGAAGCGCCGCAUCGCGCCGCGUCACAUCCUGCUAGGGGUGCGCAACGACGAGGAGCUGAACACGCUACUGGGCGGAGUCACGAUCUCUGAGGGAGGAGUUCUGCCCAACAUCCAGGCCCAACUACUGCCCAAGAAGACCAAAGCGGCCCAGGACCCGGACACCGGCGAACAGGCCCAGUCCCAGUCCCAGGAGUUCUGACUGAAUGUAGCCUACUUUAGUGUUUUUAGCUCUUUAAUCUCAAAUUCUCAAUGGUAUUAAUAAAAUAUUUUUCUACAA